AUAUAAACAUUUACGCAACAGCCGUGACACAUACACAUAUAAAAAUUACUAUUUCGAAAUAAUGAUGACAGAAAAAAUUGUACCCGGUCACCCAAGUUUGAUUAACAAAGGAAUGCUAAGUGAUCAUCAGAUUGCCAGUAACUUAGGCGACGACAUGGGAUGGAAAUCGAAACUGAAGCUUCCUCCAAAGGAUAAUCGUUUUAAAACAACAGAUGUGACAGAUACACGCGGCAAUGAAUUUGAAGAAUUUUGUCUAAAACGAGAACUACUAAUGGGCAUUUUCGAAAAGGGUUGGGAACGUCCAUCGCCAAUUCAAGAAGCUGCUAUACCUAUAGCUUUAAGUGGCAAAGAUGUUUUAGCUCGGGCAAAAAACGGCACUGGGAAGACUGGAGCAUACUGUAUUCCUGUCUUAGAGCAAAUAGACCCAACUAAAGACUAUAUUCAAGCAUUGGUAAUGGUUCCUACACGAGAACUGGCGUUGCAGACAUCACAAAUCUGUAUUGAACUUGCCAAGCAUCUUGAUAUCCGUGUAAUGGUUACAACGGGAGGUACAAUUUUAAAGGAUGACAUUCUUCGUAUUUAUCAAAAAGUACAAUUAAUUAUUGCGACUCCGGGACGAAUUUUGGAUUUAAUGGAUAAGAAAGUAGCAGAUAUGUCCCAUUGCAAAAUAUUAGUCUUGGAUGAAGCUGAUAAGCUGCUUUCAUUAGAUUUUCAAGGCAUGCUGGAUCAUGUUAUUUUAAAAUUACCCAAGGAUCCACAAAUACUUCUGUUUUCUGCAACGUUUCCAUUAACCGUUAAAAAUUUUAUGGAGAAACAUUUGCGUGAGCCCUAUGAAAUAAACCUUAUGGAAGAGUUAACGCUAAAAGGAGUCACGCAAUACUAUGCGUUUGUGCAAGAGCGUCAGAAAGUGCAUUGCUUAAACACUCUGUUUUCAAAAUUGCAAAUAAAUCAAUCAAUAAUAUUUUGCAACUCAACACAACGUGUUGAGCUCCUAGCAAAAAAAAUAACAGAGCUCGGUUAUUGCUGCUACUAUAUUCAUGCUAAAAUGGCUCAAGCACAUAGAAAUAGAGUAUUUCACGACUUCCGACAAGGUCUCUGUCGAAACUUGGUCUGCUCUGAUUUAUUUACUCGUGGCAUCGAUGUACAAGCUGUAAAUGUUGUUAUUAAUUUCGAUUUUCCGCGAAUGGCAGAAACUUAUUUGCAUCGAAUUGGUCGUUCCGGCCGUUUUGGACAUUUAGGUAAGUAAUUUUAACUUUUGUAAAACCUU